UCAGUAUAUACUAACAAGUUUGAGUUGUUGAGUUUAUUGCUAUUAUUCUAUGUGUUUCGUUUAAUUAUUUUAAAUAAACAAGAAACAUAAUUAUCGAUAAAUAUGACUUCAAUCGAUAUAGAUCAAAGAAUUGAAGAAUUACAACGAGAAUAUGUUGACUUUUUGGACGACAUGGAAGAUCAGGGUAUAUAUGCCAAUCUGGUUAAAAAUAUGAUUGAAGAAAAUAAAUAUAGAUUAUAUGUAAAUAUUAAUGAUUUAAGAAGAAAAAAUCCUCCACGUGCUAUUAGUUUAUUAAAUAAUUCUUUCGAGGAACAAUUAGCAUUUCAAAAUGCAUUAAGACAAUUUGUUGCUAAUGUAGAUACAGAUUAUGCUAAAGGAAAUGUAGAUUUUUUUAUAGCAUUUGAGGGAAGUUUUGGAAACAAGCACGUCACACCAAGAACAUUAACUUCGCGUUUUUUGGGUAAUUUAGUAUGUAUCGAAGGUAUUGUGACAAAAUGUUCCUUUGUGAAACCUAAAGUUGUACGUAGUGUUCAUUAUUGUAGUACAACGAAAACAGUAAUCGAAAGAGCUUAUACAGAUUUAACUUCAAUAGAAGCAUUUCCACAAUCUGCUGUAUAUCCUACUACAGAUGAAGAUGGAAAUCCACUUGAGACAGAAUUUGGCCUAUCUACAUAUAAAGAUCAUCAAACUCUUACGAUCCAAGAAAUGCCUGAAAAGGCACCAGCUGGACAAUUGCCACGUAGUGUUGAUAUCAUAUGUGAUAAUGACUUAGUAGAUUUAUGUAAACCAGGAGAUCGAGUUCAAGUUGUAGGAAAUUAUAGGUGUCUUCCAGGAAAACAAGGAGGCUAUACAAAUGGCACAUUUAGGACAGUUGUAAUUGCCAAUAAUAUUAUGCAAUUAAGCAAAGAAGCUAGUCUCUCUAUUUCACAUGAUGAUGUAGCAAUGUGUAAAAAAUUAGCUAAAAGUAAUCCAUGCAAAAAUAUUUUUGAACUUUUAAGUAAAUCUUUAGCACCUUCCAUACAUGGCAAUGAGUACAUAAAAAAGGCUAUUCUAUGUCUUUUGCUUGGUGGUGUAGAAAAAAUUUUACCUAAUGGUACAAGACUCAGAGGAGAUAUUAAUGUUCUACUCAUAGGAGAUCCAUCUGUCGCAAAAUCUCAACUUUUACGAUACGUUUUAUGUACUGCCCCACGUGCUAUAGCAACUACCGGCAGAGGUUCAUCUGGUGUAGGUUUAACAGCUGCAGUUACAGUAGAUCAAGAAACUGGAGAACGUAGACUUGAAGCAGGUGCUAUGGUUUUGGCUGAUCGCGGUGUUAUUUGUAUUGAUGAAUUUGAUAAAAUGUCAGAUCUUGACAGGACUGCAAUUCAUGAAGUGAUGGAACAAGGAAAAGUUACUGUUGCUAAAGCUGGUAUUCAUGCUAGUCUAAAUGCACGUUGUUCGGUUUUAGCUGCUGCAAAUCCUGUUUAUGGAAGGUAUGAUCAAUACAAAACACCAAUGGAAAAUAUAGGAUUACAAGAUUCUCUGCUUUCACGUUUUGAUUUGUUAUUCGUAAUGUUAGAUAUAAUAGAUUCAGAGCAGGAUCAUGUAAUCAGUGAUCAUGUUGUGAGAAUGCAUAGAUACAGAAAUCCAAUAGAACAAGAUGGAGAAGCUUUACCAUUGAGUAGUAAAUUAGAUAUGUUAACAACUAAAAAUCAGGAUGAAGAACUUACUGAAGAAAUAGAAAAACAAGUCUAUCAGAAGUAUGAUCCUAUGUUGCACGGACAGUCAUGUGCAAAAAGUGAUCAAAUUCUGAGCAUAACUUUUAUGAGAAAAUAUAUUCAUAUAGCACGUUGUAUGAAACCAAAAUUAACAGAAGAAGCCAGUGAAGUUAUAGCCGACGAAUAUUCGAAACUUCGAUCAGAAGAAAUGCUUGAGUCUGAUGUAGCAAGGACGCAACCUGUAACAGCUCGUACUUUAGAAACAAUGAUUAGAUUGUCAACUGCACAUGCAAAAGCACGUUUAUCAAAAAAUGUUACUGCUGAGGAUGCUCAGGCAGCCAUUGAAUUGAUACAGUUUGCUUAUUUCAAGAGGGUGCUAGAAAGAGAAAAAAAGAAACGUAGAAGACGCGAUAGUGACGUUAGCACAAAUAGUAAUGAAGAUGAACCAGGUAGAGGGGCAAAGCGUUCAAGAAGACAUCUUGAUGCACCAGGAGGAUCUACUAACGAUCCUUAUGAAUACAAGAGCGAUACUGAUGAAUCUGUUGAUGAAUUUACAAGAAGGACUACUAGAUCUCGAUCUCAAAAAACAACUGCUACUUCUUCGACUACAGCCUCUCAGAGCUUAGUCCAAAGUAGUGAAGAAGUUGUAGCUUCUACAGAGAAAUCAUCUGCAACAAUUACAGAAGAAUCACCUGCAACAAUUACAGAGGAAUCACCUGCAACUAUUACAGAAGAGAGGUUGAAAGUUUUUCGAUCUCUACUUCAUAAAUUAUUCCAAGAACAAAGAGUUCAAUCUUUACCUCUCUCUAGAGUUCGAAAUUAUUUGGAUACACAACAUACUCCAAAUUUUACACCUUCCGAAAUUACUGCUGCGAUUAAUAAAAUGACGGAUGAUAAUCAAAUUAUGUCUGCAGAUGAUAAUAUUUUUCUGAUAUAAUUUAAAUUUCGUAAUUAAUAAUUUUAUAAUACAUGUAUUGUUAAAGUAAAAUUUAAAAAUAUAUUCUAAUAGUACUCCAUAUUUUUUAUACAAUUUUGUGUAAUAUAAUUAAAAAUAAUUUUAUCUAUUAACAUUUAUUAAUUUUAUAUGUAUAUAAUACAACACAUUGGCACAUAAACUAGCAACAAUAAUCAACAUUUAUUACAGAAAUAUAAACACAAUAUAGUAUACAAUAGCUAAGUUUCAGAUUUUAUAUAAAUAUGUCAUUCUACAUUUCAUGUAAUUAUAUGCGUGUAUAUAUAUAUAUAUAUAUAUAUAUAUAUAUAUAUAUAUAUACAAAUAUAUAUAUAAAUUACUGCAUUAUAUAUAACUUUAAAUAUAUUUAACUAAUAUUCAGGUAUUUUUCCUCACACAUAUCUUAUUAUCAUAAUCUCAUUUUUCUUUUAUUUUUAUACAAAAGCUCCUUGUUAGUUACUUUUGCUUCUAUUUGUUCUUUUACAUAUAUAUACAAUCUAUUUUUUAUAUUAUGAAUUUAUUUAUUUAUUAUAUAUUGUUCUCAUUUUACAUUUACAACAGUUUAAAUAAGUACUGGCACUCUUCAAUAAUCCUGAAUAAAUUCUCUAUAUUAUUUUUUAAUCUUAACAUAUAUAAAUUUAAUUUUAAUUAAAAUUUAAUUCCAAUUCAAAUUGUGCUUCUAUAGAAAUUCCUUUAAACUUUGUAUUACAUCUAUUGUUAUAACAAACAUUUUGUGCCGAUCGCAAUUAUUGCGAAAGAUAUCAAUAACAAUUUAUUAUUGUUGUAAUAUUUUUAUGGAGGAGUAUAAUUGUGAAUAAUAUUACUAUUGUACAAAACUUAAUCAUUUUUUAUGAGAACUAUUAAAAAUUUGUAAUAAAUGUGAUAUAGUUUCUUUAGCCUACAAAGAUAAAAUCCUUUUCAUUUUUAUUUUUUUUAAUUCAUAAAAAUGUAAUGUGUAUUGUACUCUCUAUCUCUCUCUCAUAAUUAUCUUUUUUAAUAUUAAAUAAAUACAUGAUUUAACUAUGAUUUGAUGAUUUAUAGUAUAAAAUCUGUUUUCCAUUCUAUGUUAUAGAUAUUCAACUUUUAUGACAUGAUUUAUAAGAUUAUCGUAAAACAAAAGAACAAUUCAUUUUUUUAAACAAUAUUUUAAAUAAAAUAAAUUCAAAAAAAAUGUUACUGAAUAGUACAAAAUAUUGAUAACUAUGUUACCAAAUUUUUUAAAACUUGUUAUAUAAAAUAAAAUGAAGCUAUUGGUGUUCAAUAAAUUAUAAAUCCCAUAUGGCAGUGAUUUCAUAGUUUCUUAAAAAAAUAGAUUAUGGCUAAUUUAAAAAACAUAGAAAUGAGAACUAUUUGUAAAAAUAUACAUGUAUAAUAUUAUCGAUUAAAAUAAAUUUUCUAUAAAAAAAAAAAGAAAAAAAAAACCAGUACAUUAUUGCAUGCAGUAACCUUAAACAUUCAAAAAUUAAAUUAUACAUUAAUCGGUAUGAUUAUGCGUGAUAUCAGUCCUUCUGUAAGUUACAA